CAGAUUAUUCAGUUGCUUUUGGCCAGAGGACGCGAUCGGUCCUCAAUCGCUCAAGUUAUUUUCAGAUCGUACUACUCCAGCUGAAAAAUGACAGAUAAUGCUGGAUUUAGGCCAGAUGCGGAGGUUUCCGCUUCGACAGGGCCCUUCCCAGGAGAAAAUCCCCCCGCCUAUACAACAACAGUGGUCUCCUUGAAUGACUUCAACUCGAAAGCAAACUUGACAGAGAAAAAUCAGCUCGCACUCUCCGAAGAUCCCUAUAGUCCCUUUGAGCAUCGCGAUCCAAAGGGAGCCAGUACUGGCGGCGCUUUAGCCCAUCUGCUCAAGAGUUCCCUGGGCACAGGAAUUCUAGCCAUGCCUAUGGCCUUUCACAACGCCGGCCUGGUUUUUGGUAUGUGCAUGACGCUCAUCGUUGGCUUCCUCUGCACCCACUGCGUUCACAUAUUGGUGAAAACUUCGCACAACAUUUGCCGCGAUGCCAAGGUUCCAGCUCUCGGAUUCGCAGAGACGGCCGAAAAAGUUUUCGAGUACGGUCCCAAAGGCAUGCGGCCCUACUCCAAUUUUGCUAAGCAAUUUGUGGAUAUUGGUUUGAUGGCAACCUAUUAUGCUGCGGCCUGUGUAUACAUCGUGUUCAUUGCCACCUCCUUUCACGACGUGAUCAAUUACGACUGCAACCUCAACUGGGAUGUGCGAAUCUACAUUGCCCUCACUGUAAUUCCGUGCCUCUUCAUCGGACAGAUCAGGAACCUCAAGUGGCUGGUGCCGUUCUCCCUGAUGGCCAAUGUGUUCAUUGUGAUCACCUUCGCGAUUGUUUUGUACUACAUGUUUGACGAGCCACUUGUCUACUCUGAUAAGCCGCUGAUCGCCCCGGCCGCUCACAUUCCCCUCUUCUUUGCCACGGUCAUCUUCGCAAUGGAAGGAAUCGGUGUAGUGAUGCCUGUAGAGAACUCAAUGCGUAAGCCUCAGCAGUUUCUCGGCUGUCCGGGUGUCCUCAACACGGCCAUGAUCACUGUGGUGCUGCUCUACGCAAUCAUCGGGUUCUUUGGCUAUGUAAGAUUUGGCGACACGGUCCGUGGCAGCAUCACACUCAAUCUGCCAGAGGGCUCCUGGUUAGGCGACACGGCCAAGCUUCUGAUGGCAGUGGCCAUUCUGUUCACCUUUGGACUGCAGUUCUACGUGCCCAACGAGAUCCUCUGGCGCAAGAUCAACCACAAGUUCAGCCCUGAGAAGCACAACAUCACACAGAUCCUGCUGCGCACUGGCAUAAUCCUGGUGAGCGGAGGCGUGGCUGCGGCUAUUCCCAACUUGGAACCGUUCAUCAGCUUGGUGGGCGCAGUGUUCUUCUCACUUCUGGGCAUCUUUGUGCCCAGCUUCGUUGAGACCGUCUACCUUUAUCCCGAUCGCCUGGGCUGGUGCAAUUGGAAGAUGGUCAAAAACAUAAUUUUGGGCGUUUUCUCCAUCCUUGCUUUGAUUGCUGGUGCCGUGGCCAGCAUUGGCGAGAUCAUUGAGAUGUACAGCGGCGACGACUAGUGGGAAAUCUGAAGUUCCCAUCCCACACAUGCCUCUUCGAAGAAGGACUAUGGUAGUAUUAAAUAUGAUGCAGGUACCCCUACAGAUGGAUUCGAUAAAGUAGACACGAGACGGAGAGAUAAGUUUUAGUUCAAAGCGCAGUCAUAUUGCCCGCUCCCACUUUACACAUCACUUCUAGCCAUGUUGAACAUGGCAAGGCGGUGUUGGAGCCACUUCCGAUGCCGGCGACUACAUGAACAAGAUGAUAUUAAUGUUUAAGCCUUUAUGUGUUUGUCUCGUCACACCACACUGCUAAACUGCAAUUCAUAGAAUUUAUAAAUGUUUUAUGUUAAGACGAUCAAUAAAGAGAUCGAUUCUGAACGUCA